CUUCUGAUUUGUAUUCUCUUUGUUUAUAGCUUUUUACCUGCACCUACACAGCUAUCUCAGGACCAGCUUGAGGCUGAAGAGAAGGCGAGAUCCCAGAGAUCCCGGCAGACCUCCCUGGUCUCCUCCCGGAGAGAGCCUCCCCCAUACGGGUACCGGAAAGGCUGGAUUCCUCGGUUAUUAGAGGUGAACGAGGAUCUUCAGUUUGAAUCCUUGUUUGAAGAACUACAAAUCCCAGAAGGCACUUCGGCUAGGGAGCCUGCGCAUCGUGUUCUCCUUCCUUCCCCCGACUCGUCUCCGGGAAAGACCCGCCCCGGGGUGCGUCGCUCGCGCUGGAAACAAGCGGAAGAAGAUGGCGCUCACCAGGUCAUUUAUAGCAAGUACACUGACCUGGUUCCCAAGGAAGUCAUGAAUGCAGAUGACCCAGACCUGCAAAGACCUGAUGAAGAAGCUAUUAAAGAGAUUACAGAAAAGACAAGGGUAGCCUUAGAAAAAUCUGUAUCACAGAAGGUUGCUGCAGCUAUGCCAGUUCGAGCAGCUGAUAAACUGGCUCCUGCUCAGUAUAUCCGAUAUAGCAAUAAAUUGAUUUUCAACUCUGUACACACAGAGGAUGGGGAGGCACGUGAGAGGGACGAAAUCCGGCAUGACAGGCGGAAAGAGAGACAGCAUGACCGGAACCUUUCUAGGGCAGCUCCUGAUAAGAGGUCGAAACUACAGAGAAAUGAAAAUCGAGAUAUCAGCGAGGUCAUUGCUCUUGGUGUGCCCAAUCCUCGGACUUCCAAUGAAGUUCAGUAUGACCAGAGGCUCUUCAACCAAUCCAAGGGUAUGGACAGUGGUUUUGCAGGUGGAGAAGAUGAAAUUUACAAUGUUUAUGAUCAAGCCUGGAGAGGUGGUAAAGAUAUGGCCCAGAAUAUUUACAGGCCCAGUAAAAAUCUGGACAAGGACAUGUAUGGUGAUGACCUAGAAGCCAGAAUAAAGACCAACAGGUUUGUUCCCGAUAAGGAGUUUUCUGGUUCAGACCGUAGGCAAAGAGGUCGGGAAGGACCAGUUCAGUUUGAGGAAGAUCCUUUUGGUUUGGACAAGUUUUUGGAAGAAGCCAAACAGCACGGUGGCUCUAAAAGACCCUCAGAUAGCAGCCGCCCCAAGGAACAUGAGCAUGAAGGCAAGAAGAGGAGGAAGGAGUAGACAUUCCUCUCUUCAAAGUGAAUGGACUGUGAUCGAUAACCCUAAUGAUGCAGGUCAUGUGGGGGAACACUUUCUAAAUGGCCAGGAUAAAAACCAAAUCUGGGGUCAGACCCCAGUGCUACUUUUUAUUAUGGGAGAAAGGGGGGAUGGAUAAUUCUACUUUGAACUAUUUAGUUUUUUUAAAAGAGUGGGUUGUGUUUGUGCUUCUCCCACCUUUUGGCAUUUAUAGAACAUACUGCCCCGCACAUGAAAUUAAGACCACUUCCUUUUGUGUGACCUUAGUACUUUGGGGUAAGUACUUUGUGUAAGAACGACUGCUUAUGAAUAAAGUUACCCCAAACACAGUGAGAAGGAUGUUCCCAUAUUGGAACUGUCCUGCCAAACAAUGUUUUCCCCUAUUGUGUUCUGUUUUAAUUUGGAGUGGGGAGAAUAAGCUCUUGCUUGGUGCAACUAUUUGUUUCAAAUAAAAACAUUUAGACAAAA